AUGGAAACAGUUUUGUCGCCGCCGCAACCAUUUCUGUUCGAUGAAAGAUCGAUUGAUUUAGCUUCAGGGAAAUUGAGUGAUAGCUGGAAAAAGUGGAAGAAAGGCUUUCAAAUAUAUUUCGAGGCAUGCGAACUUCAGAAGAAGUCAGCUGUGAUACAGUUAAACAUAUUUUUACAUAUAGUAGGGGAACAAUGUCGCGAAAUUAUAGAUCAGUUUAAGGAAAUUACUUUGGAGGGUGUCCUUAAAAAGUUGGAUGAACAUUUUGGAUCAAAGAAAAAUUUAACGGUGGAACGCCAUAAAUUUUUUAUCAGAAACCAGAAAGAAAGUGAAACAAUAGAUCAGUAUGUAUUUGAAUUAAAAAAGUUAGCGUUGACCUGCGAAUUUGGUGAUCUAAAAGAUGAUUUGAUAAAAGACCGGUUAGUGUGCGGUGUUAUUAGUUCGGCGAUUAGAGAACGAUUGUUGAGAGAAGACAAGCUGACAUUGUAUACAGCAGUGGAGAUAUGUCGAGUGGCGAUUGUUUCAAGAAUGUAUUCUGAAGAUAUCAAGAAAGAAAGUGUGGUGUAUAAAAUUGAGGAGAGUAAUAGACACGAGGAAAGUAAUGAUAUAUGGAUGAUUAGAGGUCGUCGCGGAUACAAUAAUAUGACGCCUUCGUCGUCGAGGGUAGGCAGUGGCAGCGGUUACGUCUCGCGAUCGAUACGCGGUCGCUCUGGAUCGGAGCAUCGAGGUGUAGUGUAG